GAGCCACCUGGGAAACCCCAAACGCCUAUAGGGACUAUAAUUAAACAUGAAUGUCCCUCCAUCUACAAGGCUUAGUAGAAAAGGUCUACUUUUGUAUUAUAAUUCUUUAUUGUCACACCUUCAUUCUGUUUCUUUAAACGAAUGUAUAUUGACCACCUGCCCUGUAACGUACUACAAAGCUCUGGGAAUGCAGAGAUAAAUAGUACAUCAAAUCCACAGUUGGUGCUGGGGCACUGUGGAAGGGCCUAGAAGUGUGAAAGGCAUUUCUACCCAUUGUUUGCCUAAAUAAGAUACACAUGUAUUUAACAUAACAUUUUUAAGAUGGAGGAUGAUUGAGUGCCAAGAUAAGCAGUGCAUACAGUGAUGAAUUUGGAGAAUGGAGUGAUCAGUGUCAGCUUAGGAAACGAACUCAAUGUAUUGAUAAAACAUUUGCAGUAUUUAUGACUCAAUUUAGUAGUGGUAAACAGAAUCCAGGAGUAGGAGGGUUUCAUCUGCCUCAUCUUGUCUAUUGAAGGCCAGCAUCACUAAGACGCAGCAUGUGCCCUUGGGGGGAAAAUGGUGUUUCUAGUCAGAACAGCUUCAGCUUGCUUCUUGACCUUGCUGCUUAGUAGUUACUUGGCCUUGGCAGAAUUAUAUGAAGAUGAAGUGAAAUGCAAAGCUUCCAAAUCUGAUAGACCUAAAGCUACAGCCUUUAAAAGCCCACAGACAGCACCUCAAAGGUUCUAUUCAAGUGAGCAUGAAUGCAGUGGAUUACAUAUAGUUCAACCUUCAACUGGGAAAAUUGUGAAUGAACUUUUCAGAGAGGCGAGGCAGCAUGGAGCCGUCCCUCUGAAUGAAGCCACAAGAGCUUCGGGUGAUGACAAAUCUAAGUCUUUUACAGGUGGAGGAUACAGAUUAGGUAAUUCCUUUUGUAAGCAGUCUGAAUACAUCUAUGGAGAAAAUCAGUUGCAAGAUGUUCAAAUUUUGCUUAAACUGUGGAGCAAUGGUUUCAGCUUGGAUGAUGGAGAAUUGAGACCUUACAAUGACCCAACAAAUGCCCAGUUUCUGGAGUCUGUUAAGAGAGGAGAAAUUCCCCUGGAGCUUCAGCGACUGGUUCAUGGAGGACACUUAAAUUUGGACAUGGAGGACCAUCAGGAUCAAGAAUACGUAAAGCCUAGGUUGAGGUUCAAGGCUUUUAGUGGAGAAGGACAGAAACUUGGAAGCCUCACACCUGAAAUAGUCAGUACACCUUCCUCCCCAGAAGAGGAGAAGUCACUAUUCAAUGCAGUGGUUCUUAUUGACGAUUCCAUGCCAACCACCAAAAUCCAGAUCAGGUUAGCAGACGGGAGCCGUUUGAUACAGAGAUUCAACAGUACUCACAGGAUCCUGGAUGUCCGGGACUUUAUUGUUCAGUCUCGUCCUGAAUUUGCAACUCUUGACUUUAUUCUCGUGACUUCGUUUCCAAACAAAGUGCUAACAGAUGAAAGCCUGACACUACAAGAAGCAGAUAUUCUUAACACUGUGAUACUGCAACAGCUAAAAUGAUACUGUCCUACCUAUGCAGUAGCAUGUAGGAAUGGUAAUGUGCCAUACUAGUGAGGAAAAUACUUAAGAGCGUAAAAAAUUAUUUUUAUUAUUUAUACAGAUAAAUUUUGGUUUAAUUCUUCAAUCUUCCAGCUUUAGGAUAGACAAAUUUGGACUAGAAACAGAUCUUAAGGUAACAUAUGUUCGAAGUUUUAGCCGAAAGGGCUGGCUUCCAUUGAUAGCUUUUAAAUAUUCAGGCAAACCAAUUUGAUACAUGCACAGAGUUAAUGUAACAGCACUUGUUUGCAGAGAAAAUGAACAAAAUGCCAUUUUUGACAAAUACAUUUGGUAAAAUUUGCACUAAAGUUUCUUGAUGCUGCAUUGAUCAGCAGCCAUUAAGAAAUCUUCUGAUCAAACACUUUGAAAUUUUUUCUGUAAUGUGUACUGGGAAUGGUGUCUGUAUUCUGAUAUUUAAAUACUUGGAUUGUAUAAUAGUUAUUUCUCCUAUUAAGAUAAAUAAUUCCUUUCUACUU